UUCAUUUAUCCUCACGCUGAAAUAUGUUACCUCGCUGACAAUCCAACUGUAGUAUUUUAGUAGGGCAAGUACGAUUCCAAAGACUGAAACACACAGGCACUGGGUGGGCCAGCUCAGGGGUCCCUCAACACAAAUGACCAGUAAAGUGGAACUGUUAUAAACUCACGCACGCCUGGAAGUGUCUUUUGUCCAAGUGUGCAACAAAUAUUGGAGGCACCGCUGGGAUGAUUAACGUCGUGUGCAGUGUGGCGGAGACACAGGCGGAGGGAGUUUGAUGGAUGCGAACGAGAGCGCGCGGCUGAUGGGCGUGGCUACAGCCUGCGCAAUGGACCUGGAGGAGCUGGCAGAGACGGUGUCGCAAUUACUCUGGAACUUACAGCUCAACCAACUCAAAGAGGUGUGCGUGGAAGCCAAAAUCCCAAGUGGAAAUGCUACAACAAGACGAGCGUUAAUCAGAUUAAUUACAGGAUCCAUGGACAAGGUUAUUAACGAUGAAGAGCAAGAUGUUGCAUUGUACUAUUUUGGGGAAAAUAGUACAAAUUUGGGGAGUGUUGAAAACACAGAAAGUGGAGAGAAUACAACAAGCACAACACAAGAGAGUCAGAAAACAACGGAAGAAAUGGGUUUUGCUGAGAGAUGCUCACUGCUCCAGCAAAACAGUGAAGCUCUGCAGGAUAAAGUUAGGAGACUGAGUGAGAGACUGAACCGAGCACCACCGAGCCAGCCGACAAUCUCACAAAAUGUGUCAUCUGUAGCAAACCGGCUUCCAGAAGUUACAAUAAGGAGGGAAUUCAAGAUUUGUGGUCAGAUUGGGGAGAGGGGCCAAAAGGACAGACUCUCAUACACAAACCUGAUGCAUCAGAUUGACAGAGGCUUAAACAAAGGACACGGUGAAGCUGAAGUCAUAGAAGCAGUGGUCAAGUCAAUCAGCCCAGGGUUGAGUCUUAGAGACAUGCUUGAGAUAAAACGUGACCUCACCCUCCCCCAGUUAAAGACAAUAUUAAAGGGACAUUUCAAAGAGGACAGUACCACAGAUUUGUAUCACAGACUAGUGAACAUCACACAAGACAGCCGUGAGUCCCCUCAAAACUUCCUCUUUAGAGCAAUCGAGUUAAAGGAGAGGUUGAUAAUUGCAUCAGGAGACACAGGCUCAGAUGAACAGUACAGUUAUGACUACAGUAAGUCGCAGAGGUCUGGUGUCGUUUAGUGCACGAAUGACCUGUUGAGCGCAGCUUCUCAUGGAACUGAAGUGCUUGUGUUUUUGUAUUCGCAGCGCAAAUGACCAGUAAAGUAGAACUGUUAUAAACUCACGCACGCCUGGAAGUGUCUUUUGUCCAAGUGUGCAACAUAAUAAAGUUGGUGAAGUUUUUCUGGUCACUCAUGAAGUAGAUUUAGAAGACAAAAUCAGGCUUGGGGAUGUGAUUUUAAUGCAAGAAGCUGUUCCCGACCUUGAUAAACAGCUUUUGCUUGAUCGAGGUGCCACUCAAGACUCUAUGGGACUUUGGAGAAACCAUGAGGGACUCAUAGUAGCUCCUCCGGACCUUUGAGGUCUGAUGAUUCAAGAAGCGCAUGGGUUAGCUCAUGUGGCGAGAGGAGAAGUCAAGAGAAAGAGCACUAAAGAGUAUGGUUUUUGGGCACCGUGUUUGCUUGAACAGAUUGACUAUGUUAUAGGCAGAUGUGCAGUCUGUCUGAAAAACAAUGUUCGAAGGGGGGUGACGGUUCUUCCUGGUCACAUUCCGACUCCGAGAGGUCCAAUGCGUGAACUAGUUGUGGACUUUGUUGACAUGAUAAAACCAGUUGAAGGUAAGAGAUAC